CAGGAUGUCGUCUGCGCGGUGCACUUGAGGAGCUUCGUGGAGCAGCAGGGCUUGGUGGGCUACGACCCCAACCUGGAUGUCCUCCUUGUGACGGAGGGGAAGCUGCGGGCCCUGGCUGAGCUGCAGCAAGCCGUUCUGCAGUGCACGGCUGGAGGCCAGGGGAGCUGCUGCAGCAUCGUGCAUGUGGUGAACUGCGAGGAGGAGUUCCAGCAGCAGCAGCUGGAUCUGCUCUGGAGGAUUUUGGAUCCAGGAGUCCACACAGCCUUGCAGAAGCACCUUGUCUGUGGGCCAGUGAAGGUGACAAACCCCUCCUCGCCCAUCGGGGCAGACCAGUACUUCCAGCUCCGAAAGCACCAGAUGUACGAAGCCUCCGUGAUGAAGUACGGGGAGCUUGCGCAAGAUAAGGCCUGGACUGAGGUGAUCGACACCCUCACAGUGGCUGCCAUCAGGUUUGAGAUGCUGAGCACUUCUCCUGGUCCUCAGAUCACCCUGGACCUGGAGGACAGCAGCAUCUCCACGAAGGGAACCAAGAGCGGUGCCUUUGUGAUGUACAACUGUGCCCGGCUGGCCACGCUCUUCGACACCUACCAGCGGGCUGUGGAGCGGGGCAUGUACCCACCUCUGCCACCACCAUCAGAACUGAACUUCUCCUGCCUCCGGGAAGAGGGUGAGUGGCUCCUGCUCUUCCACUACCUCCUGCCCUUCCCUGAAGUCCUGCAGCAGGCAGCACAGCUGCCCCCACCCAGCAAGGGGAUCCGGAUCACAGCCAACACAGAGGCAGUGUGCAAGUUCCUGAUCCAGCUCAGCAUGGAUUUCAGCUCCUACUACAACCGGGUCCACAUCCUGGGGGAGCCGUUCCCUCAUCUCUUCGACCAGAUGUUUGCCCGCCUCCGGCUGCUGGGAGCUGUGAGGGAUGUGUUCCACAGUGCCCUGGCGACUCUGCACCUCCCUCCUCUCAGCCAGAUCUGAGCCACCACGGAAGAGCUGUGCCACAGUGUGACAGGCACCAGGACAGUGCACCACAGGGGAAGGACAGGGCAUGUCCUCCCUGGCAGGGC